CGCACAUGUGAGCUGCUCAUUUCAUUCCAUUUCAGCUCAGUUCUGUUCAGUUCAGUUCAGCCGAGUUGAGUUGGGUUGCGUUGUGUUGAGUCGGGGAACGGCGAGAGCGUUAUGAAAUUUCGUGAUAUGGUGCCCAAGAACCAGAGCCACAAAAAGAGGCACACACAGAAGCCCGAGGCGGCGACCAGAUGAUUGCCGUAUGUGCCUAGUAUAUGGGUAGUCCGUAGUUCGCAGUUCGGGCACAUUCACCAAUUGCCGGCGAUGGCGGACGCACGCACAGUGGAAAACGGCGGCGGCGGCGGCGGCGGCGGCGGCGGAGGAGGAGGAGGAGCACCAGCACCUGCACCAGCGACCAGAUACGCGAUCCUCGACUGCGAUGGGGGGAGCGACGAUGCCUGGGCCCUGCUCCUGCUCCUGCACGCGGCUGAGAGCCAUGGGAUCCAUCUGCUGGCCAUCACCACAAUGGGAUGCGGCAACACCAGCAGGGAGAACGCAGCGCGCAAUAUGCGACGGAUUCUGGAUGCCUGCAAGCGCACAGACAUUCCCAUAUACAUGGGUGCCGUAGAUGCACUCAUUCCCUCCCUGGAGGACGACAAAAAGUAUUUCCAUGGCCGCGACGGAUUCGGUGACUGUCUCACCGACAGCGACAGCGUUAAGUUGGAGGACAUCGUGCAGCCGGAGCACGCGGUGACCGCCAUCCAUGAUCUCUGCCGUUCCAAGCCCAAACAGAUCACAGUAUUUGCGGUUGGCCCGCUGACGAACCUGGCCCUGGGCUAUACGAUGUACGGCACGGAGUUCGGGGCGAACUUUCGCGAUCUGUUCAUCAUGGGCGGCAACUACCAGGGCGUGGGCAACUCCUCGCGGUCAGCGGAGUUCAACUUUCACUCGGAUCCGGAGGCGGCGCACACGGUGCUGCUGCGGACCCGCUGCCCCAUCACCAUCCUGCCGUGGGAGGCCUGCCUCCCGGAGAGAUUCAAUAUACACAUUAACUGGCGCCUCAAGGACUUCGCUGCGAGGGCCAAGGACGCCGCACAUCCGGCAAUCACCAUGCUCAACCAGGUGGAGGCCGCCCAGUGGCUGCCGAUGAUCGAGCAGUACGGGAUUGAUACGUGGAACCCCUGCGACGCCAUCGCCGUGGCCGUCUGGCUGUUCGAGGAUCACUUGAUACGGAGGCACAGCACCUGGCACGCCACCGUGGAUCUGCGGGGCACCCACACCCGCGGCCAGAUGGUCCUCGACCAUCUGCGGGAGCGGGAGAAGUAUCCGGAGAACGUGCGCAUCAUCGAGCUGGUGGACGCCGAGUUCUUCAAACGCAUCUGCGAAUGGAUUGCCGGCUUGGAUGACGGCUCUCUACUCCGCGACACUCAAUAAACCAAUGUCUGCGUCUGCAGUAAUUCGC